AUGGGAUACUUUGUUCCAGAAAGUUUCAGGUGGUUGGUUUCCAAGAUGAAGUUUGAACAAGCUGACAGAUCAAUCGACUUCGUAGCAAAUGUUAACAGGGUGCCUAAACCAGAUUUGAAGAAAAUAUUCGAUUCAGCGGCAACUGAAAUAAAUACACCAUCAAACACCACUACUGUGUUUUCUGUUAGUACUGCUUGGUUUAGUAUGUCCCUUGGAAUGGAGAGCAUUUCUGUCAACAUUUAUCUGACCAUAUUCCUCAUCAACCUGGUGGACAUACCUGUACAUUUAGUAGCCGGACCAUUAUUGAACAGACUCGGUAGAAAGAAGUUAUGUUUCGUCUCAUUUGGUCUGUCAGGCAUACUGAGUUGCGUUUCUGGCAUUUUGCAACAUUUUGAUCAGCUUCCAAGGUCUUCAGUGUCUCUCAAAGUUGCCAGUUUGGUCAUUUCAUUACUGGCAAAAAUGGCUGUUUCAACGGCAUACCUUGCUAUUACUAUCUUUACUACGGAAUUAUAUCCCACUGUAGUGAGAUGUAAAAUAAUACAUGACAUUGACGUCUGUGUGAAAGCUUACAGACUUGACAUUCAGAUUGAAAAGACAAUAGGUUAUGGUUUUCAGACAACAGUUGGAAGAAUUGGUGCAAUAGCAGCUCCAUUGUUGAUUUAUCUUGAUAAACUUUUUCCUGGACUGAUGUAUUUUACCUGUGGUGUUUUGAUAUUCCUGUCGGCUGGAACUAUUGCGCGUCUGAAAGAAACAAAGGAUGUGACACUGCCGGACUCCAUAUGA